GUAGAGAGAGAAGGGCUUGGAGAGAUUAGAGAGAGAGAGAGGGAGAGAAGGUGUAGAGAGAGAGCUUUAUUUUGGGUGUGCUUUGAAACGUGUUGAAAAUAAAGAAUUGGUGGGAAUUAUGACUUUUUUUACUGGUUAGUUAGUAAAUGGCGGAGGGGUAGAUCUCAGAUGAGUACGCGUAUUUAUAUAUAUAGCCUGAUUCCUUCUCUCUAUAUCAGGUCCCUUCUCCUCCAUUUUCUCUGAGCUAGGUUUUCUCUAAACCUUUCUUUGAGGGAUAAAGAAGAAGCCCCAAAGAUCAUCAAAAUGGUGAAGAUCUGCUGCAUUGGAGCCGGCUAUGUCGGGGGGCCCACCAUGGCUGUGAUUGCCCAUAAGUGCCCUGCCAUCGAGGUCGUCGUUGUAGACAUCUCUGUCGCCCGAAUCGCUGCAUGGAACAGUGAUCAGCUCCCAAUCUACGAGCCAGGCCUCGAUGAUGUGGUCAAGAGCUGCCGAUGUAAAAACCUAUUCUUCAGUACUGAUAUUGAAAAACACGUAUCAGAGGCCGACAUAAUAUUUGUUUCUGUAAAUACCCCUACCAAGACUCGAGGUUUGGGGGCAGGCAAGGCUGCCGAUCUCACCUACUGGGAAAGUGCGGCUCGAAUGAUAGCUGAUGUUGCCAAAUCGGAUAAAAUUGUGGUCGAAAAAUCAACUGUUCCUGUGAAAACAGCAGAGGCCAUUGAAAAGAUUUUGAUGCAUAAUAGUAAGGGAAUCAACUUCCAAAUUUUAUCAAAUCCUGAAUUCUUAGCUGAGGGCACUGCAAUUGAAGACCUUUUCAAACCUGAUAGAGUGCUCAUUGGUGGUCGAGAGACCCCUGAGGGCCAAAAGGCAGUGCAGGCGCUAAAAAGUGUUUAUGCCCAUUGGGUACCUGAGGAUAGAAUCCUAACCACGAAUUUGUGGUCUGCUGAGCUCUCGAAGCUCGCUGCUAAUGCCUUUUUGGCCCAAAGAAUCUCUUCAGUUAAUGCCAUGUCUGCCCUUUGUGAGGCUACAGGGGCUGAUGUAGCUGAAGUGGCCUAUGCAGUGGGUAAAGACACUCGAAUUGGGCCUAAAUUCUUGAAUGCUAGUGUUGGGUUUGGUGGGUCUUGCUUCCAAAAAGAUAUUCUCAACUUGGUUUAUAUUUGCGAGUGCAAUGGCCUCCCUGAAGUUGCGAAUUAUUGGAAGCAAGUUAUCAAGAUCAACGAUUAUCAGAAGAGCCGGUUCGUUAACAGGGUGGUCUCCUCUAUGUUCAAUACAGUUGCUGGUAAAAAGAUAGCGAUUUUGGGAUUUGCUUUUAAGAAGGACACCGGUGAUACUAGAGAGACCCCAGCCAUUGAUGUGUGCAAAGGACUUCUUGGGGAUAAAGCAAAUGUGAGUAUCUACGAUCCCCAAGUGACUGAGGAACAAAUUCAGAGGGAUUUGUCGAUGAACAAGUUUGAUUGGGACCAUCCGAUUCAUUUGCAGCCAAUGAGCCCAACCGCUGUUAAGCAAGUCGGCGUGGUUUGGGAUGCUUAUGAAGCGACAAAAGGGGCUCAUGGGGUGUGCAUUUUAACGGAGUGGGAUGAGUUUAAGGAGUUGGAUUAUCAGAGGAUUUACGAUAAUAUGCAGAAACCAGCUUUUGUGUUUGAUGGGAGGAACAUUGUGGAUGUUGAGAAGCUGAGGAAGAUGGGGUUCAUUGUUUACUCAAUAGGGAAACCCCUUGAUGCAUGGCUUAAAGACCUGCCUGCUGUUGCUUAGGUGAGUGAGGAAGACUAAUUUGGGUUCUUUCUUUUCGGGGUUUGUGGGCUGGCUGAUAUUCAAUUCAAGCUAUAGGAAGACGGUAAUUCUUUUUGGUCAUUCAUGUUAUAGUCUUUCUUUUUUUAUGUCUCUUGAUCGUGGUUUUUCUAUCUUGGGUCGGUUGUUAGAAUCAUGGAUGUUUUGAUUAAGGAUGGCUCCUAUGUGGUAGAGCCACCUCUCUUCCUAAUUUGUUUCUCGUUACAGGUUCCAUGCAGUAGUUGAGCAUCCGGAUUUUCUUUUGUUAUAAUUUUUGUUAUAGUUGAAUGGUUUCGUUUUGUCCGAGUA